AUGGCAGACGAGAAUGAUAACUCGUUAACGUGCGAAGAAUGUGGAAAGAAUUUCGUUAGCAAGAAGAAUUUACUAUCUCAUAAAAAGACUCACAGCAACGAAAGACCUCACAAAUGUGUGGAUUGCGGUCAGACGUUCUCGCUACGUAACACACUCGUAUGUCACAGGCGUGUACAUACUAAAGAGAGACCGUACACUUGUACUUUGUGUUUUAAGAGCUUCACACAGGCUUCUACGCUAAAGGCUCACGUCAUCUACAAGCAUACAAAGUCAUUUCCAUAUUCUUGUGAUAAAUGUGGAAGAGGUUUCAUUUCACCUGGACAGAAAGUCGAUCAUUAUAGUCAACUGCGAGACAAUACUCCCGAAACUCAGGAAGAUAUGUUUAAGGAGGGCCAUUCGAACCACCAGGAAGAGCGUCUAUUCCAUCCUGGACAGAUUAAUCAGAUUGGAGAACCAAAUGUUCGAACGCAACCGGACUGA